AUGGCGUGGUUGAUUAUCCUACUUCUCUGCGCUGGGAACUGUAGUGCCCGGUUUUUGGAUGUCGCCAGGAGGAGUAACUCAGACUUGGAGGAAGGAUUGUUCGGUCUCCUUCGAAGGCUGCAACUGGAGGAAUUCUAUGACACACUGCUUGUCUAUGGUGAGGAUUGCAUUUUCCACCCACUAUCCAGGCGUUUGGAUGUAUCCACAGUGCUUGUGUCUUCGGGUAGCACCAAAUUUGACUGGGACUUCGGCUCUCUAACCCUGGUACUUAGCUGCAGUCCUGACGAAGAGCAGGAGACGACCUACCGCACUUUGGUUAAGCUGCAAAGAAACAGGCGUUUAGUUUUCCUACGAGGCAAUGUUCAACCGGAUUCUGUGUGCGAAAGAUACAUGCAGAGGGAGCAAUAUAAUAUUGCCAUGGUCCAGGACGACUUCGCUGCCUCAAAAGCCAUCUACGCCUGUCGCUUCUUCGAAGAUCCUAACUUUGCAGAAGUCAAAUUAUCGGACAAUGCGCCCAUCUACAUAGAACAGUUUCAAAAUAUGCACGGAAAAGCUAUCAAAACAGCAGCAGAUCUCCUACCCCCACGUUCUAUGCUUUAUUCGGAUGCAAAAACUGGUGAUAAAAGGAUAACAGGCUAUGUAGCUAACUUAAUGAACACCUUUGCUCAGAAGGUAAAUGCAACCUUGGAAAUAAAUGUCUUGGGCACCAAAUCCAUCGUGAGGGAAAUAUUAAGGAUGGUGAAAGACGAAGAGCUUGACAUUGGCAUCACCUUGGAAACGUCUUUAUUUGGAACUCUCCUCGAAACAGGAAGUUAUCCUUACAUUCUCACAUCGUACUGUUUGAUGGUUCAAGAGCCAGCAAAGGUGCCCUACAACUUGGUGUAUGCCUUGAUCGUGGAUCGCUACAUUCUCGGAGUUAUCUUCAUUAUGCUGUGCCUACUGGCCACGCUGCUAAUAUAUACCCAUAAUAUGUCAUGGAAGGACCUAACCCUCGCCAAUAUUGUGCUGAACGACAAGAGCCUGCGCGGUCUCUUGGGCCAGUCCUUUCCAGUUCCCUCCAAUGCAAACAGGCAUUUUAGGCUAAUAGUUUGCGUAGUUUGCUUUGCAAGCAUUAUGUUGACUACCAUGUACGAGGCAUACCUUCAAUCUUAUUUCACAAAUCCCCCCUCUGAAGCCGAAAUUAAUUCCUUUCAAGAUAUUGGUAAAUAUCAAAAAAAGAUCGCGAUACCCUCGAUUGAGGCUAAUGGUCUAAUCAGGACCAAUAAUUCACUUUUCCUAGAAAUUCCCAAAGAAAAUAUAAUAGUGUUUGACAGUAUGCCGGAGUGCUUUAAGCUGCGAGACGCCUUCAAUCUCAGCUACAACUUUGUGGUAACAGGCGACCGCUGGAGCGCCUACGCCGAGCAGCAGACAAUCUUCAAGGAGCCAGUGUUCUACUUCGCCAGAGACAUGUGCUUCUCGAGAAUGAUCUUUCUGUCCAUUCCGCUGCGUCCGCACUUGCCCUACCGCCACCUCUUUGAGGAUCACAUGAUGCGUCAAACGGAGUUCGGCUUGGUGGGCUACUGGAGGAGCCACAGCUUCUUCGACAUGGUGAGACUAGGCCUGACUCCUCUCAAGGACCUCAGCCAUCCGAAGGCAUACACUCCGUCCCUAUUAGUAGAAGACGUCUCGUGGAUACUGAAGAUCUACCUGGCUGCCAUGAUGGUCAGCGUUGUCUGCUUCUUAUUGGAAAUUGGAGUAAACCAGUGGAGGUGCUGGAGGGAAUUCAGAAACUAG